UGACGGUAACAUCUGAGACACCAUGGAUCAGCAGCGUAUUACAAACAUGACGAUUAAACUCAUGGUUCUUGCUUUGUACUGUAAAGGUUCCUUAGCUGAGAUCACCAGAGAGCUCAGUGUCUUAGUGGGCAAUGAGGUAACGCUCAGCUGCAUGUUCGACACACCGCAUAAGCUAGUGGAGUGGAGUGCUCUUAGUAUUGAGUGGAACAUGGUGGACAAACAUGCAAAGAAGAGCAUGGUGUACACGCUGGAAGAUGGAAGAGCUCAAGUGUACAAAGAAGGUUCUGUGGUGAAUGAAACGUGCCUGCGGCAGAGUGAUGCGUCCCUGCAGCUUCAUAAUGUCACUGUAGGAGAUGAAGGGCUGUACACUUGCAGAGUCAUCAACCCUCUGAUCUACACAGAGUCCACUGCUCUGAAAGUGCUCGCUCAGCCUUCAGUGUUGCUCCCAGAAAAGGCAACAGUGAGAGAAGGACAGGAGAAAACCAUACAGUGUGAUGUAACAGGUUUCUACCCAGAGAAAGUGGCUGUGACGUGGCUGAUCCAAAAUGGCACCCAGACCAUCCAUGCAGGGUUGGGCCAACUGUCCCGUGUCUGCAAUGAGCUGGCUGUACACAACCCAGAUGGCACCUACAGCAUUCGUAGUGGCAUCACGCUGCACUCCUCAGUACUAAGGGGUGGAGAGAUACAUGUCAUCUGCCAAGUUGAGCACCAGACCUACAAUGGUCUCUACAACCGAUCUGUAACACUGGCUGUUCAAGCUCCACCAGAGCUGCUUCACAGUACAGCCACUGUGAUAGCUGUUACAAGUGUAAUAACUUUGCUACUGGUCACCUGUGUUACUGGAGGAUCUUUAUAUCUCUACAGAUAUUUUUACAAAGUUCCAUUUAAUGUUUCGGAAAUCAGUCAGCCCAUCAUAAUAUACGCUCAGGUACCCACAGAACUGAUGUGCACCAUUCAGGGAUCCACAAGGUGGGAGCUCAAAGUGAAAUGGUUUAAACUAAGAACCAGUCCAGACUCAGUGAUUCAGUCAGAGUCAGGUUCUUCAGAUUCCCUGCUGGAGACUGAGGAUCUCAGCGAACAGGCUUGUCUGCAGUCAGAUGGCAAAAAUCACACAUCUGUCCUGCCUGUAUUUCUGACUGUUACUGACGACCAAACCAAAUACCAGUGUGUAGUGUGGUGCAAGGACAGGAGCUUCAGAAGGGAGACCACAGUCAAGGUUAAAGUAGAACCAUCUUUUCUUAAGAUCUCCAGCAUUCCUCAGAUCCCAAAGGUGGAGAGGCUGCUGGUUCUCUGCUGUCGCGUGGAGAACUUUUACCCCCAGGACAUCGACCUGGAAUGGUACAGGAAUGAUGGGGAGAAGGUCCACCUCGUCACUCACUUUGGCCCCUUCUCUGACCAGAGCCGCCUCUACAAUGUGUGGAGUAAGAUCGAGCUCAUCAUGGCCAUAGAGGAUGAGAGGGCCAUGUACACUUGCCGGGUUUAUCACUCCAGUUUCCAAGCUCCGGGGUACAAGGAUGUCUUUUACCACAUCAACACUCAAGGAAGCCCUCCUGAUGUGAUGUUCAUCGACCAUGAACCUCAGUGUCCUAAAGUGAAUGAAGAGUGUUCUUUGCACCUGCACAUAAAAGACUUUUGUCCUGAGGAGGUGUUGGUGACAUGGACUAAAGAUGGAGACAGGGUUGUUUCUGGUGUCUUCAAUACUCCCCCCAGCCUGAACGUCAACGGCCUGUACUCCAUGUUCAGUUUCCUCAAACUCAAUCCCACCAAGAAUGACCAAGGCUGCACAUUCAAAUGCCAGGUGGUUCAUAGUGCUCAGAAGGAGCCUGAGGAAAGGAUCUUCAUAUUUCCAAAACUCUGCCUAACAGACAGCUGUUGAUGUCUAAACCUACUUUGGAUCAUUUCACAUCUGGUGUCACUGUUCUGGGUCAGUUUGACCCAGCUUUUUCUGUUUCUGUUUUGGGGUUUUUCUAAAUUAUGAUUUGUUUGGAUUUUUGAGUUGUGCUGGUUUGAUUUUGUAUUAAGGGUUAUUCUUGGUUUUGUUCUCUUGAUGUUAUUUGUUGUCCUGGUCUCUAGUUUAAGCCACUGUCUUCUCUGUUUCAAGUGUUAUAUUCUUGCAGUCUAUCUCUCAGUGUCAAGUUUGCGUUUUUGUGAUUUGUUUCGUAUUUCCUGUUUUUUUUGUUUUGAUAGUCCCAGUCCUGUGUCAGUAUAUUCAGUUUUACCUGCCCCUGUCUCGUUAGCCCUAAUCUCACCCAGCUGUGUCUCCCUCCUGUUUCCCAUUCCCUGAUUACUCCCUUGUGUAUAUAAGCCCUGUGUUUGCCUUUGCUCUUUGUUGCGUCAGUCCUUAGUUCCUCUGUCCAGAGUUUUGUUUUUUGGUGAGUUUAAUCUUCUAAGAGGUUUUUCCCAGCAAUAAAGCUGCGCUUUGAGUUUUACCUCUGUGUUUGAGUCCUGUUUUUGAGUCCACCUUUCCUGCCUGCC